GAUCCGCCCAUUGGUCUUGUUCAUUCGUCAAAUAAACUGUUCGUUCGCAGAAAAGGAUUUUUCUGAUCUAUUUAUUUAUUUCAUUUUUGAUCGCUGAAUUUAUUUUUGUUGUUUCAUUACUAUCAAAAUGGUGUCAUCAGAAAAUACCGUGGUUCUUGGACAACCACAACUUAAAAAACAGGAUCUUUCAAAAUUGGAUGUUUCACAGUUGACUCCAUUAACAGAAGAAGUUAUUAGUCGUCAAGCCACAAUCAAUAUAGGUACAAUUGGACAUGUAGCUCAUGGAAAAUCAACUGUUGUUAAGGCUAUAUCUGGUGUGCAGACUGUUAGAUUCAAGAAUGAACUAGAAAGAAAUAUUACUAUUAAACUGGGCUAUGCAAAUGCAAAAAUUUAUAAGUGUGACCAAGAAAGCUGUCCUAGACCAGCCUGCUACAAGUCUGCUCGAAGUAGUAAGGAAGAUGAUUUUCCUUGUGAUAGACUUGGAUGCCCAGGAAGAUUUAGGCUUUUGAGACAUGUAUCUUUUGUUGAUUGUCCUGGUCACGAUAUUCUUAUGGCCACCAUGCUUAAUGGGGCGGCUGUUAUGGAUGCUGCUUUGCUGUUGAUUGCUGGAAAUGAAUCAUGUCCACAGCCUCAGACUUCUGAACAUUUAGCGGCAAUAGAAAUCAUGAAAUUGAAGCAUAUUCUAAUUCUCCAAAACAAAAUAGAUUUGGUGAAAGAAUCCCAAGCUAAGGAACAGUAUCAGCAGAUCCUAAAAUUUGUUCAAGGAACUGUUGCUGAAGGUGCGCCAGUCAUUCCAAUUUCUGCUCAGCUUAAGUAUAAUAUAGAAGUUAUUUGUGAAUAUAUUGUUAAAAAGAUACCAGUACCUGUCAGAGAUUUCACUUCAGCCCCUAGACUAAUAGUGAUUCGUUCUUUUGAUGUGAACAAACCUGGUUGUGAAGUGGAAGACUUGAAAGGGGGUGUUGCUGGUGGAAGUAUUUUAAAAGGAGUACUAAAGGUUGGACAAGAAAUUGAAGUUCGUCCUGGUAUUGUCACAAAAGAUGAUGAGGGGAAACUGAAAUGUAAACCGAUUCGAUCGAGAAUCGUAUCCCUAUAUGCUGAACAAAAUGAUUUAAAGUAUGCUGUACCAGGUGGCUUAAUUGGAGUUGGAACUAAAAUCGACCCUACAUUGUCCCGUGCUGACAGAAUGGUGGGACAAGUUCUUGGAACACCUGAAGAACUGCCUGGAAUAUUUACAGACUUGGAAAUUUCAUAUUUCCUUCUCAGAAGGCUGUUGGGAGUUCGUACUGAAGGAGAUAAAAAAGGAGCAAAGGUUCAAAAACUGACUAAAACUGAAAUGUUGAUGGUUAACAUUGGUUCUUUAUCCACUGGUGGUAGAGUAUUGGCUGUCAAGGCUGAUUUAGCAAAGAUCAGUUUGACAACGCCAGUCUGCACAGAAGUAGGAGAAAAGAUAGCCUUAAGCCGAAGAAUAGAGAAACACUGGAGGUUAAUUGGAUGGGGUGUCAUAAAACGGGGAGUGACAAUUAAGCCUGUAUCAUAGAAGAUGUGAGAUAUAAUUUUGUACAAUACUUUUAUUUCAAAUAAAUGAGUUGCGAGUAAA